AUGAAAUUGCCACACUCCAGUAAACUUAAUCGAGCCACAGGGCAUCGCAUGGCUAUGUUGAGGAAUAUGGUCUCUUCUUUAAUUGAACAUGAUAGAAUCAAAACUACUUUAGCCAAAGCUAAAGAAGCAAGAAAACUAGCUGACAAGGAGCAUUUUAAGACGAUUCCUAAACUCUUUGGUGAAAUGGCUAAUCGUUAUCGCGAAAGAGACGGGGGCUACACUCGAAUUCACCGAAUAGGCAACCGUGUUUCUGAUAAUGCACCCAUGGCAGUUUUAGAAUAUGUUGACGCACCAGGUGAUUUGAAAUAUGAGAUGUUAAUCAAACAACUUGCUCGAAGAGAACUUGACCCAUCUCUGAAAGUUCCGACCACAUUUAAUGGAGAAGGUUAUUCACCAUUGAGAAAAAAGCGCGAAUUCAAAAAAUGGCUAGGCAGACUUAUGGCACAGAGGAAAUUCGAAAAACAAGUGGAAAAAAUGCUGAAAUGCAAGAAAAUGUCACCUAAAGAUUUAGACAGAGAAAUCCUGCAGGAAAUUCGUAACCUUAACAUUGCUGAAGAACGCAAAGCAGAUAUGAGAGUUAAAUACAAGUUAAGAAUGAAAGAGGGUAUAUCUGAAAGUGUGAAAAUAGGUAGAGAGACAAAAAGAAAACGCUCUUCUCUUCGUUGCGAUUGUAAAUGGCGAGUGGUCCUCUUUAGAAAUGAACAAGGUAAUCAAUGGGAAUUUCGAAAGUCGGUAAACCCUCAGCAUUCGGAACAUAAUCAUGACCUGACCUCUCCAGAACAUAUUCCUGAGCCAUGGCCUCCAAAUGUUCUGCAACGAAUUGCCGAUCUUGCAAAUUCUGGUUUAUCAACUGGUGACAUAAGAAGUGCAAUGCAAUUGGAAUUUCCGAAUUUGUUAUGGGAUGAAAGGAGGUUCUAUAAUCGCCUAGCUGAAGAAAGGAAAAAAUUGAAAAUAAGAGACACUGAACAACGUGUCAUUGAUACAAUAGCUUUGGCGGCUCGUCUUGCCUCUUUGGCAUGUUCCAAUAGAGAAUAUACUGAUAAAGUUCACUCUGUUCUUCAUAAAGCAUUUGAAGAUAUCUGUAGAUGUGCUAAAAUUGAUCCUUCAUCUGUCUUUAAUGACAAUUUAUCAACUUAUGGUGAUAUGACUGUAAUAACGCCAUCUACGUCAUCAACUGCAGAUAUCAUAUGCACUUAUCCUGCUGGCAUAAUAACUGUUAAAAACAUUCCUGGUCAAAAAGGAAGACCUUCAAAAAAGAAUUUACAACAAUUACAACCUAAUAAACCGAUCCCACAGUCUCAAUGUCAACUCGAUCAAAUAGAUAAUACAAUGUCUCAAAACAUAUUAACUCCACCAAACGAACAUUCUCCACAAUUAACACAACAACAAAUUAAUAUGUCCUUACCUCUACAAACACAAACCGAAUCAUCACCUCAAUCAAAUUAUCAAAACGAACCGUUGUCUUCUCAAUUACAACAGCAAAACGAUUUACAUUUCCGAAAUGAACUAAGCUUUCCUCGACUACAAAACAAAGACUUAAUGCUAUCACAAUUAAAUGCUCAAAAUGUAUUAAUAUCUCCGCAUAUACAAAAUUCUUCUACUUUAACACCACAAACCCAACCGCGAAUGCAAAUUCCCUCUCAAUCGUAUUUUCAUUCUCAAGAACCCGUUACACGAGAGGGCAUGACAGGGUUGGGUCAGUUCCCACGAGAGCCAGGAGUUGAUAUAAGAAUUGAUAAAUUCCAUAAUAUGACUGAACUUGAGACUUCUCAAAAAUUUGAAAUGCCUACAACUAUUGAUAACAAUAUCGAUAUGAAAUUUAACGCCUCUUCAAGUAUUGUUGACACUUCACCUUUAGUACCAACAAUAAGGUCCCAAAAUACAAUUGGGUUUAAUAAUGCACCAAGACUUGAGAAUACCAAUACUUAUGAAAAUAUAACCAACUUUGCAAGUAUUAAUUCCAGGAUUGAUACUCCCACACCUUAUAAUCAAACAGAAGUUAAUAGAAUUUUCACGUCUGGGAUUCAACCUUACAACUCACCAACAGUAAAUAGAAUUUUCACGUCCGGAAUUCGAGUUCCGGACCGGAUGUCAAUUUGCCAACCGGGUUACACAUAUAACCCUUAUUACUCAAAUCAAUGA